GCCCACCUUGACGUAUAACACCGCACACCCGUCGGAAUGGCAUGAAAAGAGUGUAUUCUGAACUAAAGUAAACAGUGGCUAUUUUCAAUACCUACGCCCAGAAGGUCAACGAUGCUGUGAAAUACAGAUUAGAAGAGGUCCUAAAAUGGCUGUCAAAACAACAAUAUGUUUCUUGCGGAGGUCAUGUCCUUGUAAUCUUUUAGGUCCAUUACCUAUGCAGCCCUUAUCAGCGAACGGCAGUCGUCGAUGCAGUUCAAGUCAACCAACCAAACAAGGGAAUUCAACUAGAAAGAGAUCCCAGUUCAUCCCAGCUGCUGACUCUAAGCACGACUGGAUUGGUCCCCCACAUAGGCUGUCAAACCUGCAGCCGAUAUUAUACCACAUCCAUGUGAAUGAGACUGAACUCAAGAGGCAGCUUAGAACCUUGAGGCAAGAGACGAAGGAUUGGAACCAUGCAUUCUAGACAAAUCAGAACAUCACUUUCAACAAGGAAAAAGAUACCUUCAUCCUCUCACAACUCAAGGAGAAUGUAUUGACUGAGAGAGAUGAGAAAGGAAGGAAAAGGCCUCUAAACAGUGAAAAAAUGGCAGUCUUACUAAAAACUGCCUGGAUGAAAACUGCAUAAGACAUGCCAAUUACAAUAAGGACUGGUACAGACGUAACUUCAAAAUCACCUUGCUUAUGGGCAGAAUGGCUUUCCACGACAUCUGGACAACGCUUGCAGAGAGAAGAGGCUGGAAGAAAGGAAGCCCUACCACAUGAUACUAAUUAAAUAUGGAUGCGUGAGAACAUGUCCACCAUGGUGUGUGUGAAGGAGGAGGAGGACCCUGGGGAGAAGCUGUCUCAGGAUGAGAUUAUCUCCAGGACCAAGCAGGUGAUCCAGGGCCUGGAGGCUCUGAAGCAGGAGCACAACUCUAUCUUGGAGGGCCUGCUGGGCACGCUGCGCUGCCUGAAGCAGGAAGACCAGGGUGUCCUGGUGGAGGAGAAGUCCCUCAUGAUCCGCAGGUCCCUGGAGAUGCUGGAGCUGGGCCUGAGCGAGGCACAGGUGAUGAUGGCGCUGUCGGGCCACCUGAGCUCUGUAGAGUCGGAGAAGCAGAAGCUGCGGGCACAGGUUCGCCGGUUGUGCCAGGAGAACCAGUGGCUGAGGGACGAGCUGGCUGGCACCCAGCAAAAGCUGCAGAAGAGUGAGCAGAGCGUGGCUCAGCUGGAGGAGGAGAAGAAACACCUGGAGUUCAUGAACCAGCUGAAGAAGUACGACGAGGACCUGUCGCCAUCGGAGAAGGACUCUGUCUCCAGUAAAGAGAAUCUGGAUGAUCUGUUCCCAGACGACCAGGAUGACCAACCUCCUGGCAUCCAGCAGCCCCACGGUAGUGCGGCAGCAGCUGCGGCCCAGCAGGGAGGCUAUGAGAUCCCGGCCCGCCUCAGGACCCUCCACAACCUGGUGAUUCAGUACGCCUCCCAGGGCCGCUAUGAGGUGGCCGUGCCCCUCUGCAAACAGGCCCUGGAGGACCUGGAGAAGACCUCCGGACACGACCACCCAGAUGUGGCCACCAUGCUCAACAUCCUGGCCCUGGUCUACAGGGACCAGAACAAAUACAAAGAGGCAGCCAACCUGCUGAACGACGCUCUGGCCAUCAGGGAGAAGACUCUGGGCAGGGACCAUCCAGCGGUGGCUGCUACACUCAACAACCUGGCUGUGCUCUACGGGAAACGGGGGAAGUACAAGGAGGCGGAACCCCUCUGCAAGCGGGCUCUGGAGAUCCGGGAGAAGGUUCUGGGUAAGGACCACCCAGACGUUGCCAAGCAGCUGAACAACCUGGCCCUGCUGUGUCAGAACCAGGGCAAGUACGAGGAGGUGGAGUACUACUACCAGCGGGCCCUGGAGAUCUACCAGACCAAACUGGGCCCUGACGACCCCAACGUGGCCAAGACCAAGAACAACUUGGCGUCCUGUUACCUGAAGCAGGGGAAGUUCAAGCAGGCUGAAACUCUGUACAAAGAGAUCCUUACCCGCGCACAUGAGAGGGAGUUUGGCUCUGUAGACGAUGAGAACAAACCCAUUUGGAUGCAUGCUGAGGAGAGAGAGGAACAGAGCAAGGGAAAGCAGCAGGAAGGCUCCCCAUUCGGAGAGUAUGGAGGCUGGUACAAAGCCUGUAAAGUAGACAGCCCCACAGUAACGACCACCCUGAAGAAUCUGGGCGCCCUCUACAGGCAGCAGGGUAAAUUUGAGGCGGCAGAGACACUGGAGGAGGCAGCCAUGCGCUCCAGAAAACAGGGUCUGGACACAGUGCACAAGCAGCGUGUGGCGGAUGUUCUGAGCGAGCCGGAGGCGCGGGAGAAGCAGCGGAGCCGUGAGAGUCUGACCUCCGACACCACGGUCAAGUACGAGAGCGGCCCGGACGGGGGCGAGGAAGUGAGUAUGAGCGUGGAGUGGAACGGGGACGGUUCUGGUUCUCUGAAGCGGAGCGGCUCCUUCAGUAAACUCCGUGCCUCUAUUCGCCGCAGCAGCGAGAAACUGGUCCGCAAGCUGAAGGGUGGCGGCUCACGGGAGAGCGAGCCCAAAAACCCUGGCAUGAAGCGAGCCAGCUCACUGGGUGUUCUAAACGUGACGGACAAUGCUGCCGGAGACCUCUACCAAGUAAGGAGCCCAACUGUCUCGCUCUCUCCCCCUAUUUCCAUCUUUCACAUCACCCAAUUUUUCCCCAUUGUUUUCUGGGUCUCUUCUCUCAUCCUCCCCUCUGUUUAUCUACCUCCCUCCUUUUUUUUACACACUACUCUCUGAGUCCUCACUUUAUGAAACUCAAAUUCCCAUUGGUCCUCAUGGUUGUGAUCUGUGGUUAAGUUGGCCCUUGCCUCUCUUCACCUGGGCAGUCAUCUCAGAAAUUGGUCACUAAUGAAAUGACGUGUGUGUGGUAACAUCACAGUGGUUCACAGAUUAACUAGUUCUACUUUCAAUGUUACUCCUGUUAUUAACGGACUUGUAUCAAUUGUUCACAAAGAUGAAUCUGAAUGGAUUGAUUUGAGAAUAUUCAUCACUGGACCAUGGGACCUUUCUACAUGGCGGUAUACUGGUUCUGCCAACCCACCAUAUGAUAAGGGUGUGACUCCAGAAUACUGUGCCGGUCUGUGCACCACUCAUCACUGUCACGGAACUCCAGAUUUUGACAUAUUGGUGUCACAUCUCAUUUAUAUUAUAUACCACAUUCCGCAAAAUACUCAACAGUGCCUUCAGAAAGUAUUCACGCCCCUUGACUUUUUCCACAUUUUGUGUGUUACA